CGAAACAUCAUACAGUUAAACGGACACCACGUGAAGCCGUAUGUCGAACGGUAUCGACGUCUCCGAAAGUAACAAAAAUAUUUUCUGUAAAUUGAUAAAAGAAAUAAAAGUUAAAGAUGAUGAACGGGACGAAACACGAUCCGCAUAAGAAUCAGGCGAAUUUCACCAUCAAGGACAAUAUUCUUAUCGGAAAAAAAAUGGUACACCCUGAGACGCAUAACAAUGUCGGGGACAUAAUCCUGGAAAUUUUUCAGAAGAAACCAGAUCUAGUGGGACAGAUAGACGCCGCUACAGGGAAGCAAGUUACGUAUAGAGAAAUGAGAGAGAGAACUAUAAAGUGUGCAAUUUGGUUGAAAGAACAAGGAAUCAAACCAGGAGACGUAGUGGGCAUUUGUACCUCUUGUCAUUUCGACAAUUACGUCCCCUUCCUGGCCUCCAUAUACAUCGGUGCCAUUUGUGCCGUGGAGUAUCACGAAUUACCUACACGUGUUUUUCAGCAUUUUCUAAGUACAGUCUCGCCGAAAGUGAUUUUCCUCCACGAAUUUGCGGUAGAGAAUUUCGAUGCUGCACAGAACGAGCUGAAUACGAAAAUACAAAGAAUAGUGUUCGAAGACGGAGUCCCUAACGAAGUGUCUCUGAAUGAUAUUUUAAAAAACAGAAAGUUGUCCGAGGUGGAGAAAUUUCGUUGCGCAAAGAUCGAGGAUCCAAAGCAGACAGUCAUGUACAUCGGGACUUCUGGUUCGACUGGGACGCCAAAAAUGGCGGAACUGAGUCACCUGAGCUUCAAGACGAUGCUGCACCCAGACUAUGCCAUUUUCGCAAAAGACAGUGUUUCUUUGUGCAUAGCAGGUUUACGAUGGAUUUAUUGCAUCUUAUUCAUGAUGGAAGCGUUUCGCGGUAAUUCAACCAGAGUCAUCGUCGACGAUUACAAAGAAGCGAAAUAUUACGGUGAAGUGAUAAAAAAAUAUAAGGUGGAAUAUUACGGAGCGGACACAAAUCAGAUCAGACAAAUCUACAAGUUGGGCUUAAUAGAACUGUAUCGUUCGACGAACCUGAAGACUAUCAGGUUUGGUGGCUCCCCGUUCAGUCGUGACAUUCACAAAGCGAUGAACGAACUUCUACCACGAAUAAAUCUUUUGCAAGCAUACGGUUCGACCGACGUUGGGAACUGCAUCACCGGGCAAACGAACAAAAAUUUUAAACCUGGUGGCUGCGGUUACGUUCGAGAGGGUGUCAAAGUCAAAAUCGUCAGCACGGAAACGGGAGAGGCGUUAGGCCCGAAUAAACAGGGAGAGAUCUGUGUAAUGACAGACACGCAGCUAAAAGGAUAUCUGAAGAAUCCUGAGGCGACUAAAAAAGCUAUCGAUUCGAAAGGAUGGGUUCACACUGGUGACAUCGGUUACUACGACGAUGACGGAGAGGUGUUCAUAGUUGGCAGGAUGUCGGAUUUUAUCAAGUACAAAGACUGUUGUCUAUCGGUCACGGAAAUGGAGACUAUUCUUGAACGACAUCCUUCGGUGUAUAGAGCGGCAGUGGUAGCCGUACCGGCUGAACUCGAGGGAGAACUUCCGGUUGCUUUCGUGAUCAAAGUACCGAACAAGGAGGUAACUGAAAGCGAACUGAUGAAACACUUUGAAAGUAAUAUGCCUGAUUAUUACACUCUGAGCGAUGUCAAAUUUUUGGGCAAAAUUCCGACCACCAAUACCGGAAAAGUUGCUAAAAACGAAUUGAAACAAAAGUUGAGCAACGGAAUGCUCUAACUUGGCGUGUUUAUUUAAAACGCUAAAGAAAACUACUUAUCGGCAGAAUUUUUCAAGGAACAAAACAAUUUCGGCAUAUGUAUCAAUGAACAGUGAAUUUCUCAAUCAUGCUCCUGUUAUUUCGCUUCAUCGUUCUUGAUUGUUGUUUCAUAAAACGUUCACGCUGUUUUUUUAACACAAAUAUACGGUAGAAUAAUA